AACACAUGGCAAUUUCUUGCAUUUGUUGAUAGCUAUCUGUCCAUCCAGAAUCACAACAACUCGCGGACUUCUGCCACCGUCGAGCUGCGUGCCGCCCUCUUGUGGCCCUGUUGGGUAGCGGUGGCGUGCGCACAUCGGACGAGCCUGUGGCAAGUGCCUCCACGGAUUGUAGUGAGGAAAGGAGAAGCCAGCAAGCGUAUGCAGUUACACCUUGUACAGAGAUGGCCGUGUGACUCGUAUCUUGUCUAAUACGUACAUAAAGGAACGUCUGAAGGUAUUUGCACGUAUAGGUAGGUGUACUUGAAUAUCUCGCCACAACGAAAGCUGACGGGGAAAUAUGUAAUCAAACCAACGAAAGACAAGCAUCUUUAUGGCAGCACGUAGACAUACCAAACCGCCUGCUCCGGUAUAGACUGAGACUCGACGACUCGAGUGUGGAUUUUCAAGUUUGGAUUUACCAACAGGCAGCUACAAUUUUUAAAAGGAAAUAAUUUGAAAACGUGUAUCUUGCCUAUUUUGAGGGAAUAUUGUUUUUAAACAAUUAAUGGCAACGAAGUGCAAUUUAAAGGUCGCUUGAGCAACGUUUGAAAUAUGUUGGUUAGCUAUAGAGCUACAUAACAGGAAUAUACAUUAUAGGGCUUUAGCUAGCUUGCUAGCUGUCUGGUACCAGCUUGCCUAUAAUAAAUCCGAACGGACGUCAACGAGAUGAUACAUUUAGAAUUUACCUGAGAUUCACCUUUUACACUUUGAAGGAGGGAUUUAUCCAGAAAAGGAGGAAAGGGACACCCGCUUCCCUCUCUCCCAGAGAUUGAAAGACUUUCCUUGGCCUGUGUGUGUUUGUGUGUAUAUAGGUUGGCCGAGGUGAAGCUUUAUUGAGGUACCCUCAGAAGGUGCAGGGGAAAGGCUAUGUACUUUAGGAGAUGGAGAGAAGGAAAGUAAGGAUCGAAAGUUAUUGUCGGUCGGGUGGAGAAAAGAAGCACUGUACUGCUUAUCUGUUACCUCUGUAAAGACUCUAAAGAAAGGAGAGAGGAGGAGAAGAGAGAAGGAGGGAGUCUAAUCUAGUGGCAGGGCCCAGUCUCGUAGUCACCAGCAACACUGGAAGAACAGCAGCCAGAGAACCUAGAAGGUGGGUAAGAAGAGGACCACAAAAAGAGAGGAGAGACUGGGACUGAAGGAGAACCAAAAGGUCGGAGGAGAGGACGGGGAGGAGGAGGCGGCGCAUCCCCAUGGCGACGGACCCUGGGGAACCCACAGGGACGGAGGACUCUUCGGAGAAACCUGUUGGCGCACGGGAGGAGGAGACGGACCAGGAGGGCAGCAGGAGGGAGAGGACGCACAGCACCCCCUCAGACUUCCCCUCCUCCCAGACCCAGGAGAGGAGAACCGCAGAGGGAGGGGAGACAGGAGGAGGCGGCGGAAGGGGUGGAGGGCCCGGAGAGACCAGGGACAGUAAGGAAGUGGAGCCCCUGGCGGUUAGACCCAUGUCUCUCUCCACACCCUCGUCCCCAGCUGCGACUGCGGCGGCUUCAAGGUCAGGGGGUCACGGGCCGAGGCUGAGGAGAGAGAAGCGUUUCUUCAGGAAGAGUGUGGAGAUCUGUGAGGAGGACGAUGUGGUAGCGGAUCCCCCAGUUGUCUCGCACUCCGCCCCCCACCUGGACUCAGUCAUCACCCUCGGUGGCACCCAGGUCGCUACCGCCGCCUCUGCAGCCCUGGGACAUGACACGGCCGACCACGACCCAUCCAACCUCAGCUCCACCCAGGACCCCGGGGCCAAGGACCCCCCCUCUUCCGCCCCACCCCAGACGGGGAAGGAGAGAGACAGGGAGCAGGAGGAGGAGGCAGAGAUGAAGGCCGUGGCCACCUCGCCGUCGGGGAGGUUUCUGAAGUUUGACAUUGAGCUGGGGAGAGGUGCCUUCAAGACCGUUUACAAAGGCCUGGACACUGAGACCUGGGUGGAGGUGGCCUGGUGCGAACUACAGGACCGUAAGCUGACCAAGGCGGAGCAGCAGCGUUUUAAGGAGGAGGCAGAGAUGCUGAAGGGCCUCCAGCACCCUAACAUUGUCCGUUUCUAUGACUCCUGGGAGUCAGUGCUGCGAGGGAAGAAGUGCAUUGUCCUGGUCACCGAACUCAUGACCUCGGGAACCCUCAAAACGUACCUGAAGCGCUUCAAGGUGAUGAAGCCCAAGGUCCUGAGGAGCUGGUGUCGUCAGAUCCUGAAGGGCCUUCACUUCCUCCACACCCGGACCCCUCCCAUCAUCCACAGGGACCUCAAGUGUGACAACAUCUUCAUCACCGGCCCUACCGGCUCCGUCAAGAUCGGAGACCUGGGAUUAGCCACUCUCAUGAGGACCUCCUUCGCCAAAAGUGUCAUAGGUACCCCUGAGUUCAUGGCUCCAGAGAUGUACGAGGAACAUUAUGAUGAGUCUGUGGACGUUUAUGCCUUUGGGAUGUGCAUGUUGGAGAUGGCCACCUCAGAAUACCCCUACUCAGAGUGCCAGAACGCUGCGCAGAUCUACCGCAAAGUCACCAGUGGUAUAAAACCAGCCAGCUUCGAUAAAGUCAACGACCCAGAGAUCAAAGAGAUCAUCGGGUGCUGCAUCCGCCAGGACAAGAGUCAGAGGCUGUCCAUCCGGGACCUGUUGACCCAUGCGUUCUUCGGGGAGGACACAGGGGUGCGUGUGGAGCUGGCAGAGGAAGACACGGGCUGUCAGGACUGCCUGGCCCUCAGGAUCUGGGUGGAGGAGCCAAAGAAGCUGAAGGGAAAACACAAAGACAAUGAGGCCAUCGAGUUCAGCUACGACCUGGAGAACGACAGCGCAGAGGAGGUGGCUUCGGAGAUGGUGAAGUCAGGCUUCUUCCACGAGAGCGACGCUAAGGUGGUGGGUAAAUCCAUCCGCGACCGCGUCACGCUCAUCAAGAAGUCCCGUGAGAGACGCCAGCAGCAGCUGCUCCAACAGCAGCAAGGCUUUGAUGAGAGACGGGACUCCACCCUCACCUCCUCCACCUGCUCUCACCUCUCCUCCCUGGGGCCUGGGGUGGCUGGGCUGACAGGGGGAGGUGGGGGAGGAGGGCAGGGGGAGGUUGAGGAGCUACCAGAGGUGGAUCAGCAUGUGAGGCAACAGCAGCAGAUCCACAGUGGGAAUCCUCUGAGCCUGCCCACAGGAGGUGAGAGCAUUGGCUCAGCUAGCUGUGAAUCCUAUGCCAGUGGCCAGAGCCAGGCAUACCCUCAGCAAGGGGAGUCAUACGUGCUCUCUCAACCCAGCCUCCCUGCUGCUGCCUCGGCAAUUUUGGCCCACCACGAAAUGCUCCCGAUUGGUCAGAGCGGAGGAGUUCCGAACGUACCUACUGGUCAGAGUGGUGGGAUUUCCGCCAUGUGCAUUGGUCAAAGCAGUGGUGGGGCACCUGUUGGUCAGCAGACUUACGUUCAGCCUGUUGCUAUGGCAACGCAAGUCUCACCAGGUGUACCACAGCAGUAUUCUCAGUCAUACCAUUCAGAUGGAUCACAGAUCGCACCAAUGGCCCCUUCCCAGUCCUGCGCAACCCCAGUCUCGCCCCAAGCACAGCUUAACAUUCUUCCAGCUCCCAUUUCAGUGGGAGACCCAACAGGACUAGUGGGAGUUGGUGGCAUGGAGGCCAUGGUCCCUCUCCCACAACAGACCCAGGCCAAUGUCACCCCUAACAUCAUGCAGGCCUCUGACAUCCAGAUGACACCCCAGCCUUUAACCCAGCAAGCACAGCCUUUCAUGAUUACCCAACAGCAGACCAUUGUUCAACAACAGCAGGUACUGAUGGAGCCACAGCAGCAGCAAAUGGAGGCUCAACAAACCACCCUGCUUCAGCAGCAACAACUACACCAACAACAACAGGCCAAUGUAAUUCCCCAGACGGCGGUACUGAUACAGCAACAUAUAGAACAACAGCAGCAGACUAUAGCAAUCCAACAGCAGCAAACUACUGAGCUUCAGCAGCAAGUGUAUGUGCAGCAAGCUUUGGUUCAGCAGCAGCAGCAACAGCAUCCUCAGCAGCAGGCCUUACUACCACAACAACAAUCAAUGGACCAACAGCAGCAACAACAACAGGCAUUGUCAUUACAGCAAGUGGAUCAAACCCAAGCCUAUGUGCAACCACCGCUAAACGACCUACAACAGCAGCAACAACUGCAACAGCAGCAAACAUUGUUGCUACACCAGCAGCACCAGAUUGAACAUCAGCAACAACAACAAGCGAUGUUACUAGAACAACAACAGCAAGUGUACAUACAACAGCAGCUUGAGCAACAGCAGCAACAGGCGUUGCUACAAAAGCAACAACAGGCACGACUACAACAGCACCAACUGGAGCAACAGCAAGCGCUGUUACAACAGCAAAUAUUUGAGCAACAGCAGCAGCAAGCGAUGUUACAGCAGCAGCAACAAGAGCAGCAGCAACAGCAAGCCUUAAAGCAACAGCAACAACAGGCGCAACUACAGCAGCAACAGCUGGAGCAACAGCAAGCGCUGUUACAACAGCAGCAGUUCGAGCAACAGCAGCAGCAAGUGCUCCUACAGCAGCAACAACAACUGGAGGCUCACCAAGCGAGCCAGAUCCAACAACAACCGGAAAUGGAUCUACAACAGCAGCAAUCACUGCAUCAACAACAGCAAGCUGUGCUGCAACAACCGACCCAACUACAACAACAGGCGGUCGUCAGUCAUCCAAUCGACUCACAGCAAGCUGUGCUAAAGCAACAGUUGGAACAACAGCAAGCCCUGCUACAACAGCAACAGCUUCAGCAGCAACGAGCAGUUUUACAGCAGCAGCAAUUGGAGCAACAGCAACAACAGGCACAACUGCAGCAGCAGCUGGAGCUACAACAGCAGCAUGCUUUGUUACAACAACAGAUCGAGCAACAACGGCAACAGCAGGCGUUGCUACAACAACAACAAGCAGAGAGACUGCAACAGCAGCAGCAACCGAUUCAACAACAGCAAGAGACUGGGCAAUCGCAGCAGCAAAUCGCCAAUAUUCAAUUACAACAAAGCGAGAAACAAGAGACCACUUUGAUUCAGCAACAAUGUGAGCAGUUGCAAGCUUUGAUUCAACAGCAACAAAUUGAUGUGUGUUUGUUGCAACAACAACAACAACAGCAAAACACUGCUAUGUUUCCAACUAAUCACGCUAGCCUAACGCAGCAGCAAGUGACAGAACAACAGCAAGUAGCGCUGAUACAACAGCAACAACAACAGCAGCAGCAGCAACAAGCUGUAUUACUGGAGCAACAACAACAACAGCAGCAGCAGCAGCAAGCUGUAUUACUGGAGCAACAACAGCAGCAGCAGCAACAAGCUGUAUUACUGGAGCAACAACAAGCGUAUGUUGUCCAGCAACAACAGCAGGGCCAUCAGAGCUCUGUCGUUGAACCUCCGCCUCAGAUCCCCCUUGUAGCCCCAACCCUACCAGCAGCAGAGGUUAUACAGGCCGUGCAGGUCCAAGCUCAGAUGGCUGCCCAAGCCCAGGGUCAGGGAGCCAAACCUGUAGCCAUUCAGCCACAGAUUCCCAGCCAGGCUCCACUGGCUGUAGUGCAAGCCCAUGCCCAAGUCCUGGCCCAGAUUCAAGCUCAGAAUGAAGCUCACCCUCAGAGCCCGGGCCAUUUCCCAGUCCCAGUACUCCAGGCCCGGCCCCAGCCUCCACUCAAAGCCCAGCCCCAGAUGAUCGAGGUCCAGAUUCCACCUCACGUGGUGGCCCCGAUCCAGGCACCAAGUCCUCCGAUCCCUAUCCAGUCCCAGGCUCUUAUAGUACAGGCUAUCCAUCAGAUCCCAGCUCAAAUACAGGCCCAGGCUCCAGUGCAGUCUCUCAUCCAGCAGACUCCCCAGAAUCUGCAUCCAACCCAAGUUCUGAAUCAGACUCCGAUUCCAGCAGUUGUUGAGACUCAGAUGAUGCCUCCUAUGAGGCAGAGUCCAGCUCUGGUCCAACCCCAACCUCCAGUCUCAAUAACCCCCAUGCACAGCCAGAUCCAAGCCCAACCCCAGCACGAGUCUCCAGUGCAGCCCAGUGUUCCGCUCCCAGGUCUAGCGCAGCCUCUACACCGCCCCCAUGCUCCAGCUGUACUACUGGCACCGCAGUAUGUCACUGCACCUCAGCCCACCCAACAGCAAGCCAUACAGCCAGUCCUGCAACAACAACAUCAGGACAUCACACAACAAGUUACCCAACAACAGCAACAGCAGCAGCAGGUACUGUUGGAGCAACAGCAGUCCAUGGUGCAGUACCAGCAGAUGAUGCUGUCUCCUGGAUCUGUUGGUGUUGGAACUGUCAUGGCGGCCCCUGCCUCCACAGUCAUAGACCCUACCACCUUGGUCUCUGCUUCGCCUCAACACAUACAACAACAGACUGGGCAAGUGUAUAACCAAGGCCAGCAGGUACAGCUACAACCACAGGUACAGCCUCUCCCACAGCCACAACAGCAGCAGCUGCAAGUAACAGGAAGCCCAGCUGUGGUGCAGCCGUUAAACCAACCCAUACCUCAGGCCCAGUCUAAAUCUAUGCUGCCUCAACCCAUUCCCAUGGAGCAAUACCAACAGCAACAGCUGGUGCAACAGGUUCCACAAGUCGUACAACAGAAACAGCCACAGCAGCUUCAGGCUCAGACAACCCCAGCCCCAAUUCAGCAGGCUCUGCAGUCUCAGCAUCAGCAAGUCUCAAUUCCCGACCCAAGUCAACUGGCUUAUCAGCUUCCUCAGAUCCCCCCACAUCUGUUGCCCCAGCAGCCUACUGUUAACCCAGCACAGACAGCAUCCCCCAGUAAUGUGCCCCAGCUCGGGACUCAGACUAGAGCCCUACCCUUGUACAGUCAGGUAGUAGCAGGAGCAGGAGGUCCGUCACCAUCCCCCCAGCACCAAGCUCAGCUGACACAGCCGCUACCCACCCACACACACACCCAGAUGGCCAUGCAAGCUCAGGCACACACCCAGACCCAGAUCGCUGAGGCUGCAUUGGCGGACUCCACCACCGAGCAACAGCCCCCUCUGAAUCCUUCCCAGGCUACUUCUCUUCCACAGAUGCCCCCCAGUCAUUCUCAUACAUUGUCUCACCCCCACCCUGCCUCCCUGCCACCCCUCCAUCCUGCUACCCCUGGCCCAGAGACCCAGCCCACCCCACCAGAGAGUCAGCUAACCCUGCAUGGCCUGGCUGAUGGUCCCCCGGGCCCCACUUCUCUCCCGCCUGUUGCCGCCGCUGCUGCCCAGCCCCUUGAUUCUAACGCCCCCUCGCUGCUGCCCCCAACCUCAACCUCGCUCCCAGACUGUGACCCUGCUCUGCUGAGCAUUGCUCAGUUUGGUAUGUAUUUUUUCUUUGUGGGUUUUUGCUGUUUUCUGUAUGUCGGUAUGUAUUUGUAUGUGCGUUGGUCUGUCUGUAUUUAUGUGGCUCUACAGGAGAGUCCAAACCAGUCUGGCACAGAGAGACACUCCUCUUCAGGUGCUGUUCCAGCCAAUGGGGAUGGGGAUCUACAGAUGUUGUUAGCCAAUGGAAAACUAGAGAGGGUGAAGUCUCAGAGGAGAUUGUCCUAUCGGGGGGCAGAAAAAGGAUCACAUGCAUUUCAACUGAGUAUGAUCCAGGUGUCCGGCUCUGGGGACAACAUGGUGGAGUGUCAGCUGGAAACCCACAGCAACAAGAUGGUCACCUUUAAGUUCGACACUGAGGGAGACGCACCUGAAGACAUCGCAGAUUACAUGGUGGAGGAGGAUUUUGUCCUUGAGUCAGAGAAAGAUACAUUUGUGGAAGAGCUGAGGUCCAUUGUCAAGAGAGCUCAGGAAAUUCUCCUCGCACAUCAACAGACUGGAUCUAUGGAACAGCUGCAUGUGAGCACUCCAACAGGCACAGCAAUGGAUUGGGCGCCUCAGUCGUCUCCGGUGGGCAGAUGGAGGUUCUUCAUCAACCAGACCAUCAGACACAGAGACUCCACGUCCAACCAGGGAGGAGCGUCCACCCCUCCACCUCUCUCGACCGGAGAGGUCAGGGUGCCCCAGUCUACAGACAAUGACAGAGAGGGGGGUGGAGGAUCCCAGAGAUCGGACUCCUCCUUCGCUGGAAUGGUCUCCUCUCCUCCUCCCCGCUCCACGUCCACCCUGUGUGUCCCUGCCACCGCCUCCUCCCCCCCUGCCUCCGCCUCCACCGUUUCUGCCCCUGCCUCCAUGUCUGCCCCCCCAGCCUCUGCUGCCCCCGCUCCUGACACGACUGCCUCUGCUGCCUCUGACAGUAGGGUUUCCGCCCUGACGUCUAGUCUCGCUAGUGCAGUUGUUGCCUCAGUCCCACACCCAGUCCCCGCUGCCUCGGCUGGCCUAGGCCUAGACCUGCAGGCUUCCAUUGACCAAACUUCCAGUGCCACCACAGCAACAUCUUCCAUCCCAACCACCGCUGCCAACCUCCCAGUCCCUACCAUGGUAGCUGCUUCUGCCACCAUCGCGACCACUACCACCCCCUCUCCAACUGAAGCUCUGACCUCCCCAGCUACUAGUGGGGGCUCUAUGGUGAGCCAGGGCCAAGGACCAAGCCUGGGGGAUGUAGUAAAGGUGGCCACCCUAGGACAGUGUGUGUCUGGAGGGGACCACUCAUCCACUGGCUCAAUCCACCGUCCAAUGGCUGUGGCUGCAGCCGUGGCCUCUCCUCCUGUUAGCCGUGCCGGUCUGGAGCAGCAGCAACAAACUCUGCCUCAGAUGCAGUGCAUAGCAGCCCAGGCUCAGCCUCAGGUCCGGUUACAACAGCAACUCCAGACAGUGCAACAGGUACAGCAGCAGCAACCGCUCCUAGAACAUCAGCAACAACAACACCUGAUGACUGUGCAACUCCAACAGGUACAGCAACAACAGCAAGAGUACCAAGAGCAGAUACAACUGCAGCAGCAGAAGCAGCAACACACAUUGCAACAAUCUAUUCAACAGUUGCAGAUGCUGCAACAACUACAGCCACAACAGCAGCAGUCUGAGGUACAUUUGCAGCCCCAGCUCAGUCACACAGAGCCAUUACAACAACAGUGUAUGUCCCUGCAAUCACAGACAGAGAUGUUGCCGCUGGCACUACAACAGACUCAGAAAAUGCCUGUCCAAAUGCAGAAUGCAAAGUACAACGCACAGUUAAACAUGCAACAGCUACACCAGUUGCCACCACCACAGCAAAAACAACCAGUCAUUUCACAGCAACAGGCAGCGAUUGACUUGCAGCCACAGCAUCAGCAACAGUUAGCUCUGCAACAAGCACUGCAUAUUCAGCAGCAACAGCAAAUGCUCCAGCAACAGCAGCAACAACAGCAGCAGCAACAACAGCAACAACAGCAGCAGCAACAGCAGCAGCAACAUCAGCUGUCAGUGAACCAACAGUAUGUCCAACAACAAUCAGUACAGCCACUAAACAUGGCACUGGUACAACAGCAAGCUCAACAACUCCCUCUAGAACAGACACAACAACUAGUACAGCAACAUCAUCAGCAGCAGCAACAACAAAAACAACAAGAGGUUAACCCUCAGCAGCCGCAGGUGCCCCAGCAGGCUCCUCUCCAGAAGCAGCCGUCAUUACAACAGUCAGAGUGGGAGAGGUCUACAGAGGAGGACAGUGUGACAGAGGAUACAGGCAGUCACUCUGCCCCUUUACAUCCCUCCUCAGACGUAUCUCUGCCCCCUCUGCCCCUCAACAUUAACACAACCUCUGAUGCCCCCCUACUGCCCCUCUCCCUCACCCUGACCCCAUCCCCAGUCCAACCAUCCUCUGUGGCCGAGUCGGACAGCGAGGGCCCUCCCAAAAUCGAGUUUGUAGACAACCGCAUUAAGACUCUGGAUGAAAAGCUGAGGAACUUGUUGUAUCAGGAGUAUAGUAGUGGGGCAGCUGUGACGGGGGGAGCUGCUGUGGCUUCUACCGCAGGUGCCACCGCAGUGUCAGCAGCGUCUACAUCGGCAGGAGGGGAUGAAUCCUCGGAGCCGCACUCGCUCCAACCCUCCUCCUUCCCUUCUCCCGUGUUGUCCUCCUCAGACACCUCUCCUCACUCCUCCACCACCUCCUCCACCACCUCCCGCUCCUCCUCCACCUCUCCUGACCUGGAAAGAGGGAGAGGAGUGGGGGAGGAGGCUCCACCAGCAAACCCGGUGGAGCAGCAGCCCGGCCCGUCUCUCUCCUCCGCCUCCCUCGCUUCCUCCCUCCUUGCCUCCCCACACGGAGACUUGGCCGGGCACCCGCCUAUCCCUGGAGAACUCACCGUUUUUGCUGCCCCCCCUCACUCUGACACCAGUACCCCAGGAGAAGUCACUACGUGGCCCCCAAAUCUGCACCCCAUCCCCCUGGGCCCUGGAUCGCCGCCACAGCACAAUGCAGGAGGUGGAUAUUUUGGCCUAAACCUGACAUGUCCUAGUAUCAGAAAUCCCGUUAGCAAGAAAUCCUGGACUCGCAAAUUCAAAAGCUGGGCGUGCAAACUGCGCCACUCCGCCAGCUCGUUCAAGAAGCCCAGAGUCCAGCAAGACGGUCACUCUAGUGGCAGUCAGGCAGUCAGAGAGGAGAGAGAGGGGGCUUCCUCCAACCCUCCUCACUCACUCAAGGGACGAUUUCAGGUCACCCCAGUGCCCCAGCCCCCUGAGGCCUCUCCCCCCAAGGAGGCAGCAUGCGGUACGGGCAGCAGCCACAGGAAAGUGGGGCGCUUCUCUGUGACCCAGACGGAGGCCCAGAAAGAGGAGAAAGAACUGACGGACAGCUCCCCUGUGUCUCCUGACCUGGAGAGAGGGAGGAGGAGGACCCGAGGGAAGGAGGGAGAGAGGGAAGAAGGGAAGAGGACUCCAGCACUGAGCCACCCACCCCGAGGACAUGGUCACGGGCAUGGUCAUUCUCCCCUGGGCAGUAGCGAUGAUGAGGAGAGUGAGAUGGAGGAUGAAGACCUGAGGAAGGAGCUGCACACGCUGAGAGAGAAGCACAUCAAGGAGGUGGUGUCCCUCCACGCUCAGCAGAACAGACAGCUCCAGGAGCUGUACAGACAGCUGCGCUCCCUCAAAGACCACCGGCAGACCCUGCCCCGCACCCCACCCUUCCCCUCAGGGUCCCCAGCCCUCUCCCCCCGCAGGCCCAGGCAGGCCAAAGCCAAGCUCCGGCCCAGGCCCCACUCCCACAUGGACAACAAUGUACUCGCUGGUCACCCCGGUAUACAACAGUCCAGUAGUUUCUCAGGGGGAGAACAGAGAAAACUGCCGCCAUACUGCAACCCAGAACAAACCACCCUACUGACUACCAAAAGAGACCACAGUCCUCCCUCCCAGGGUGCCAGAAAGAGCAUGUUCACAGAUGACUUGCACAGACUGGUUGAUGAUUGGACGAAGGAGACAGUGGGUCCCGCCGCUCCCAAGCCCUCGCUCAAUCAGAUCAAGCAGAUUCAGCAGGUGCAGGAGUUGGGAGGGUGGCCACAGGCCACAGAGGUGGCUCCUCCUGGUUGGUUCCCUGUGGCACCACUGAACCCCCAGGCCUCCCCAGCCCCCUCCAGCCUCACUGCUCCAACCCCAGCUCAGUACACCACUGGGGGGAGCCUGAGUCAGUGGAGAGGGGUGGGGGGACCACCAGGACCACAACAACAACAAACACACAUGCCUCCAGUCCCUCAGCUGCAGCAAAGUUUACAUCUCCAGCAAGCCCAGCCUACUCACCCAUUACAGAUACAGCCCCUAAUCCAGACUCCACUACUGUCUCAGUCCCUGUCUCCCGUAGAGCCACAGACAGGGCAACAACAGAUACCCCAGCAGCCCCAUUUAGGUGUAGGAGCCCCACCUCCGAAUCAGAAUAAACCUCUGUUGCCUUCCCAGGUGUCCCCGUCGUCUCAGCUGGCCCUAGCUCAGCCUGGGUGUCUGAUUCCUGGGUCUAGCAACAAUGCGGUAGUGGAGCCCAUAGACACUGGCGCUGCUCCUGCUGCUGCUGUUUCUGCCUCCGGUGGCCCCGGGGGGGCAUUGUGCUUCUGCUCCUCCUCUUCCUCCUGCUCCUCCUCCUGCUCUGCUGCUGCUCGACCAUCCAGUGCCAAACUUCACCCCACGCCCCCAACCUCCACUCUUCCUCUGGGACAGCAGUAAAAAGAAAAUGAGAGGGGAAGAGUGUUAGAUUAGGAUGGAACGAGGGAAGUAGAAAAAAAGAUGGAGAUGAUGGAUGUGCAAAAACCAUGUGGAAAGUUUGAGAUUGUGUAUGUUAUGAGAGGUAACGUCUGACAAUGAGAAAAUGGACGCCAUUAUAUUUGUAAAGAUGAGAUGGGAAGUGAAUGUGAGAGAUGGUUGAGUCUAUGUAGACAGAGUAUGUACAGACAGAGGGCAAUAUGGAACUCUUGGGGGGGGGGGGGGGUCAUGAUAUUGGUGUGUUUGAGAUGUACAAAAUUAGGUAAUGUGUGUGUGUGCGUGUUUGUUUGUGUUGCCAUUGAUUCCCUCAGUACGUAUUCCUUGUGUGUUUUGACACCAAGUAACGGCCAUGUUAUUUUUAAAAUCCAACUAAGUUUGACCCAGAACUCUUCCUCCCAAGCUGAGACGUGAAGGAACACAAAACAUUGACAUUAUUAUGCAUUGACAUUUUUUUAUUUUUUUUAUUUGUCAAUGCUUACUUAUAUCGAAAAGGACUAUGAAUUUUAAAAGUGCAAUUAGUAACUGUCAUCUAAAUUGUAUCAUCCUGUGAUGUCCUGAUUUGUCUGUGGUGGCGUUUAACCAAAUAAUUUUGUAGAAGCACGUUAACAACCAAACAUUUACGCAUUAACUGACCUCUUACAUGAGUAUAGCACAAAUGUUUCAACAGGCUACCAAUGAGAUAUAAAGCAGGUGCAACAACAGCAUGUUACAGUAACACCACAGAGCAUGGUAAUAGUGGUGCUACCUGGCUAUUAUCACUACCACAAUGCCACUAAGCACACUGUUGUACAGUGUAGUGCACGGGCAAGGCAUGUACUUUGUGGAUUAUCAUUUUUUACAUUGAUAAAAAAUGUCAAUCAGUAGAUUAAAGAAGAUUUUAAAUAACAUGUUGAGUAACAUGAUUAAAUUGUGAUCAAUAUAUGCUGAUAUUUUGAUUUAAUUGAUGAAUAUGUUCAGUGAGCUUUCAUUGAAUAAACACUCAUCAAAACACUAAGACUGCAUGACCUUACGGCUACAAUGUACCUUGACUUGUCUGCAAUCUGCUUGCACUUGUGCUUAUAUUUCUCACGUCUGCUGCUGUGCACAACAACAAACUCUGAGGUAAUUUAUUGAUCAGAAAUAAAUCUGUUUUAUUUGAGCUAGAAUCAAUUUGUUUUAAGGAAAUGUUGAAUUUCCUCACUACCAAUCGCUGCACUGCAUAUCAAAGGUGCAAUUAGGAAAACUGAUAAGAAAACAAACUGCCAAGUCAUUUUAUGGAAUGGGGAAACCAACUGUAUAUGGGCUGUCCUCAUAUUGCCUUUUAGAAUUAAUACUUUACUGUGUGUGUGUGUGUGUGUGUGACUGUUUUCUUUUGUGUGACAAAAGCUUUGUAAUAUUGCUGCACUGCAUCACAAAUCGAAUCCCCACUACUUCCAUAAAGUAGACUCUCACAUUAGUUGUUACUGUACCAGAUUGGCCCAGCGUGUCAUUGUAAAUAAGAAUUUGUUCUUAACUGACUUGCCUAGUUAAAUAAAGGUUAAAUUAAAAAAGUGUAAUUUAAAAAAAGAAGUUUGUUGUUAGACAGCAUUGUGAGAGCCUCACUGGGCUAUUUGUCAAGACCGAGUACUUUUUCUGGAUUUAAUUAUUAGUGAACAUUUUUGUCCUUAAGUUAUUUUACGUGUGAAUUACUCUUUUGUAAAUUCGACUAGAAGGAUCUGUUAAGUGCUGCAUGCACACAGCAAAAGGUUUACUGACUUCCAUUUCUCAACUUACUCCAGUGAGUGACAGAUACAGGGAUGCACAUGGACAAUGAGAUACAGUACAAUCAUCAUUGCAUUUAGCUAUACAUACAAAUCUGACCAUUGAUAAAUACAUUUUCUGAAAGCUUACUUGGUACUAUAAGUUUUACAGUUAAUGCAGUAUUUCUGUUUUUAUUUAAAUGUAUAAUGAUAGAGAGUUUUUCCCACAGCAAAGAGGAGAUUGUAGAGCAUAUGUGAAAUACUGCUUCAUAGUGAGCUGAAAACUCACUAAAACUAAUGAAAGUGGAAGGAGGAAAAACAAAACAUUCAAAUUCCUUUUGGGGAGCUAAAACAGUUGGUGCUUAUAGUUGUUCACAAACUAAACACUUUACCAAUUGAAUAUGAAUAUAUAGUUUAACAUAAUGGUUUUCAGUAUUUAUGUUUUAUUUUUAUGAGACAACCCACAUUUUCACAGUAAUAUAGUUUAAUAUUAUUAGUGGAGGGGAGGAAGUUACUGUGCUGUCAAGUCAAUACUAACAUGUUGACCAUAUGUCACAGCUUUGAUGAUAUUCAUGAAAAGGAAAUGUGGAACUCGCCCUGAUGUGUUACCAAAAUGUAAUCUAAAGGAAAAAAAUAUUAUUUUUGUAUUUUGAAAUGGGGUUGUACAAAAUGUAAAAUCGUGUCCUGAUCAGUAUUUUAAAAUAUAUCUGAGGUUAUCUGACACUAGAAAACAUUGCUUCUCAUCUCUGUUGGAGUCCCCCCAGGAUAUAUUAUAUUCCUCUCAGACUUUGUGUUGAAACAGAGUAAUAGCUACAUCAUGUUUCAAUUGUGAGAGGUUUUGUCAGUAUGGUUCUAAUCAUAGAGAUAUACUGUAUCAACUUGUUUUUAUCUCUACGGAAACUUGAUUCACUGGACAAACAAUGAAACACCGUCAAGAGGUAGGCCUAGACUACCUUUAGGCCAUUGGGCUCAUCUAACACACACUUGUCCUGAUAUUACACCUGACUGAGAACCAAUGAUUUAGAAGGACAUUUAAAUCCAAAAACCUAGAAAUAAAACAUAUGUUUCUGGUGAUUUAACCUCUGUAAUAUUGUAACUAAUUCAAUUGUUGAUUUUAUUUAUGUUUUUGUAACUAAUCAAAAUAAAUGGUGUUAAACAUCAAACUGUUAA